AUGGACCCCGUUGUUCUCAGCUACAUGGACAGUUUGCUGCGGCAGUCGGACGUCGCCUUGCUGGAACCCCCCAGCUGGCUUAACGAUCACAUCAUCGGCUUCGCCUUCGAGUACUUCGCCAACCACCAGUUCCAAGAAUUCAGCAAUCAGGUUUGUUUCAUCGGCCCCGAAGUGGCUCAGUUCAUUAAAUGUGCCCUUAGCCAGGAAGAAAUAGCCAUAUUCCUUCAACCACUGGACCUUCUCCACAAGAAGCUGGUGUUCUUACCUAUCAACGAUAACUCCAACCAGGUCGCUGGGGGCACCCACUGGAGCUUACUGGUUUAUUUCAGGGACAAAAAGUGCUUCUCCCAUUACGAUUCCCACAGUAAAUGCAACUCUGUCCACGCCAAGCAAGUGGCGGGGAAGCUGGAGGCCUUCUUGGCCACGAGAGGAGGCAAAGUAACCUUCGUGGAGGAGAAGGCGCCCGCCCAGCAGAACAGCUACGACUGUGGGAUGUACGUGAUCUGCAACGCGGAGGCUCUGUGUCAGGGAUACUUCAGGGACCGGCCGGAGCCUUUGCUGCAGCUCCUCACCCCCUCCUACAUCACGCAGAAGAGAUCGGAGUGGAAAGCUCUCGUCACCAAACUGGCACAGAAGUGA